CGCUGGGCCGGGGUGAGGCCUGGUUCGGGCGGGGUCGGGACCCAGGGCUGCAGACGGCGCCGCGACCGUCCCCGGCGCCGACAUGGCGGCCCAGAAGGAGCCGCAGAAGGAUGCCGAGGCGGAAGGGCUGAGCGCCACGUCCCUGCUGCCCAAGCUGAUUUCGGCGGGCGCUGGCCGGGAGUGGCUGGAGCGGCGCCGUGCCACCAUCCGGCCCUGGGGCGCCUUCGUGGCCCAGCACCGCUUCUCGCGGCCCCGCAACCUGGGCGAGCUCUGCCAGCGCCUGGUCCGCAAUGUGGAGUACUUCCAGAGCAACUACGUGUUUGUGUUCCUGGGCCUCAUCCUCUACUGCGUGGUGACGUCCCCCAUGCUGCUGGUGGCCCUGGCUGUCUUCUUCGGCGCCUGCUACAUCCUCUACCUGCGCACGCUGCAGUCCAAGCUCGUGCUCUUUGGCCGAGAGGUGACCCCGGCCCAUCAGUACGCCCUGGCUGGAGGCGUGUCCUUUCCUUUCUUCUGGCUGGCAGGGGCGGGCUCGGCCGUCUUCUGGGUCCUGGGGGCCACCCUGGUGGUCAUCGGCUCCCAUGCUGCCUUCCACAAGAUUGAGUCCGUGGAUGGGGAGGAGCUGCAGAUGGAGCCCGUGUGAGCUGGCCUCCCGGGCCAAGUGUCCCCACCCCUGCUUCCUGUCACAAGCUUGGGGAAGGUUUGCUUUUAGAAAUAAAGCUAUUCCGUUGUCAUCUGGCA